GAUCAUACGAUGCAACGCCUAGCGGCACAUGCAGGACAGUCACAUGCCGACGAGCAUUCUCACAUCUUGCGGACGUCAGGGCCAUUGACAUUUCUACCGCAAGAGAAGCUCAUUAAUGCUCAUUCAACCUCUCCUCGCGCCCUGCGUGAUGAACAGUCCAGCGAUUUGCGACUUUCAACACCAACUGCUUGCACUUGUGAUCCACCUUCACCAUGUCUUUGAGUCAAACUGAACCCCCUCGGACCACCCUCCGGCUGGCGUCCGGCAACGGCCCCAUCACCCGGUCCGUCCUCCGCAGUCCACUCCGUGACGCCCAACCCGCCGAGAUCCCCGUCAUCGACGUGACGGGCGCCUUCAGCUCGUCCUUGGAGGACCGCAAGGCUGUGGCCGCCCAGAUCCGUGACGCGGCCACGACGUUGGGCUUCUUCUACAUUACCAACCAUGGCAUCCCCACCGAGGUCACCGAUGGCGCCUACCAAGCCUGCCUCGACUUCUUCCGCCAGGAUGCCGACGUCAAGAUGGACGCCUGGGAGCGCAAGAGCCGUUACUUCAACGGGUACAAACCCCCCGGCUCGCAGCGCAUCAACAAGUCGGAGAGCAUCGACUGCCGCGAGACCUUUAGCUGGACGUACGACCCUCGCUACGACCCAGACGUCCACGACGUCGACGCCAUCCCUGACGUCGCGAGACGAUUCCUCCGCAUGGAGGACUUUCACUGGGACGCCACAGCCAACAAGCCGCACUUCAAGGAGGCCAUUGUCAAGUACUGGCGAUCAUGCCUCGCCCUCGCGCGUGUGCUCAUACGGUCCUUUGCGUUGUCUCUCGACUUGCCCGAGGACUACUUUGAUUCCAAAUUCACAUAUCCCGACGCGGCCCUCGCUCUGAAUUACUACCCGCCUCUUCCUGCGCCGCCAUCGUCUGGCGAAGACGACGCGCAGACGCAGGUGUCCAUCGGUUCGCACACCGACUUUCAGCUCUUCACCAUGCUCUGGCAAGACAACGUGGGUGGCCUACAAGUGCUCAGCCGCGAGGGUCAGUGGCUCCGCGCCGUGCCCAUCCCAGGCACGUUUGUGGUCAAUAUAGCCGACUACAUGCAGCGCAUCACCAACGACCGGUACGUGAGCACGGUGCACCGAGCGCAGAACUGGAGCGGACGGGAGCGCGUCAGUAUGCCCUUCUUCUUUGGCUUUGGGCUGCAUGAGAGCUGUGCGGUCGUGGAGAGCUGUGUUGGGGAGGGUGAGAGGCCACGGUAUGAGGAGAUUGGGUGCGAUGACUGGGUGAAGAGGCGGGCGCGCGCUAUGCACAAGGUUGGCUCGGAUGAUGAGGAUGAUGGGUAGGGUCUGGUCGAGGCGCUUCAAUAUCGGGUCAGGAAUGGAUACUGUGUCUGAUAUCUUCUGUGUGUGUCUUGGUCACCCACUGCUGCCA